AUGUAUAGCCAUGUAUUGCCAUGUAUUGCCAUCUAUAGCCAUGUAUUGCCAUGUAUACCCAUGCAUAGCCAUGUAUUGCCAUGUAUUACCAUGUAUCACCAUGUAUUACCAUGUAUAGCCAUGUAUAGCCAUGUAUUGCCAUGUAUAGCCAUGUAUUGCCAUGUAUACCCAUGUAUAGCCAUGUAUACCCAUGUAUAGCCAUGUAUUGCCAUGUAUUACCGUGUAUAGCCAUGUAUUACCACGUAUCACCAUGUAUUACCAUGUAUAGCCAUGUAUAGCCAUGUAUAGCCAUGUAUUGCCAUGUAUUGCCAUGUAUUGCCAUGUAUACCCAUGUAUAGCCAUGUAUACCCAUGUAUAGCCAUGUAUUGCCAUGUAUUACCAUGUAUUGCCAUGUAUUACCAUGUAUCACCAUGUAUUACCAUGUAUAGCCAUGUAUAGCCAUGUAUUGCCAUGUAUAGCCAUGUAUUGCCAUGUAUUGCCAUGUAUAGCCAUGUAUUGCCAUGUAUACCCAUGUAUAGCCAUGUAUACCCAUGUAUAGCCAUGUAUUGCCAUGUAUUACCAUGUAUACCCAUGUAUAGCUAUGGAUACCCAUGUAUAGCCAUCUAUUGCCAUGUAUUACCAUGUAUUGCCAUGUAUUACCAUGUAUCACCAUGUAUUACCAUGUAUAGCCAUGUAUAG